CUUACGAGAGGGGUCAAUUUGGGGGUCAAACAGACCGUGGUGUUUUCCACAGCCACAAAGUCAUAUCGUAAAAAUUCAUAUAAACAAAAAUGAUUUAGUUUAAGGUUAGGCACACGGUUAGCAGUGUGGUUAAGGUUAGGUUUAAAAACAUAUUUUAAGAAUAUAAUUUGUAGAAAUGGGCGUGGUUUGUGGCGCUGUGGUAACUAGUGAUGACCGAAAAUGGUCGGUUGUUUGUCAGGUGAGCGCGCGUCUCACCUUGUCCUCGGUAAGAAAUCACACCUUUUGAUUCCAUCCUUCUGGUGGCAGUAACUCGGGCUUGCACCGGUGCUAGGUCGAACAUGAAGGCUACCCACCGUAACAACACAUGUAUCCUGUCCUUUUUCGUGUUUUUCUUGUGUUCUACGUUUACCCGAGCGGACGGGAAAAUGGCCAACAUUCCUACCAAUCCCUCUGCUUCGUCACAAUCACAACUCGGUGGGAGAUGUCGCCGAAAUCACCAUAGCACUAGUCAGAAAAGCCAGCAGGAGCCGCUUCACACGCAGCUAACAGAAGCACAGAAGGCCGACCAGAACUUGCAAUAUAUGUUAAGUUUGUAUAAGAGCGCGGCCGACCCGGAUGGGAGGCCUAAACAGCAUCGGCUGUUCGGGUCGAACACAGCGCGUCUGCUGAGACCCAACACCACCCAGGUGUGGUCUCUCACAGCGUCUUCAGUCCUGCGCUACACCUACACAGUGGAGUACGACCUCCAGUCCCUCUCCCUGGAACAGCUAGUGAGAGCCUCCUUUGUCCACCUCCGUCCCUCUAGUACAUCCAAGACGCCCCACCCCUCCCCUCUCCGCUGCAGGGCCAGAGUCACCUCUCUGGGGAAUGAUAGCUGGACAAGCCCCCCUGGAGGUCUGGGGUGCCUAGUCACCCUGGAGCCGCAUCAGCAGUGGACAGAAACUGACAUCACAGAGCACCUCACCACACAGGUAGUAACGCUGACCCAGGGAAGGCCAAAGCAGGGCAGUAGCCUGACUCUCAUGGCCCAGUAUUGGUGCUUGGAUCCUGGACAUUGGAGGAGCGAGGCCUUGGGCAGCCUGUGGAGGAUCCGAGGGGGACGCAUGAGGGGGAGAAGGGCAGCCUCUGCCAAUCACUUCAACGCCCCCGCUCUCCUCCUCUUCCUCAAUGAAGAGGAAGAAACCAGAGAGUGGAGGGCGGCGACCCGAACUGGGGGGUCCAGUUUGGGGCGUCUGACUCCGGAGCCUCACCACCUCUCCUCCCCUCGACUCCGUCGCUCCAACGGCCCUAAUCCCCCAGGUAGCAUCGUGUCCGACAUCCCCAACUACCGAAAACACAAGAAACCCUCGCCCAAGAACCAGUGCAAACUCCACUCCUACCGGGUCACCUUUGCCGCGUUAGGCCUGGUCAAAUACCUCGCCCCACACCAGUACAACCCUGGCUACUGUAAAGGAGACUGCCCCAGAAUCCUCCACUACGGCCUCAACCCGUCCAGCCAUGCCAUCAUGCAGAACCUGAUUAAAGGGAAGGGGAUGGACGAGGUGCCAUCGCUGUCCUGCGUGCCGUAUAAGUACAAGCCCAUCAGUGUGCUGAUGCUGCUGGAUGACAACAAGACAGUGGAUUAUAAGGAGAUCCCCGACAUGAUAGCUGAGUCCUGCACCUGUCGGUAG